AAUCCUUCCGGCUUCCCGACUGCGAUGCAGCAGACUGCAGCUUUUCCUGUCUCAACUCAGAGUCCUCAACAAUUUCCAUACUAUCCGAAUGCCAUGCCCUCCUUUCCCCAGCCUAAAUCUACACCUCCCCAGCAACAAUUACCGCAUUCUUUCAAUUCGGUGCCAAUGCAGGUCGGCCCCGGUGGAGCAAUGAUGCCGUCUGGCUUUUCCCAGCAAUCACAAGCAGGACCCCACGCCAACUUCGCGGCGCCAUUUGCCCAGCCACCUGUUCCGAAUUCCAUGGGCCAGUUUCUUCCUCCACAAACGACCUCAACCGCCGCGAUCCCUGGCACUGCUGCACAUUCAUUAUCUUCCAAUAUGGCUUCAAUCUCAGCAAACAACAUGAUUUCUACGCAACAACCGAAACCGACUCCGCAACCCAACCUGGCGCCAACCUCGUCUCCUUCCGCUCCCCAGUCGCCUGCCGCGGUUGCUCGAGAGAAGGCCCGUGUGUCGGUGCUUCUGGAUAUCAAUUCGAUGUUGCUGCAGGAAGUCAUUAAUCUUCAGGCAGCGGGCAAGGCCGGGGGCUCACCUGCUCAGCAAGGUUCUCAAGAGCCCAACCCAUCCCCAACCUCGGAGCAGACUCCUGACAAGUCCUCCCACUCUCAGCGCCCGAGUCCGGAGUAUGUGGAGUGUAUGCGACGGCUGCAGGCCAACCUGGCCUACCUUGCAACCGUGGCCGACCGAGCCAAGAAGUCAGGUGGUGUUCCUCCCAAUGGCCCAGCCAUUCUGACGCCACCGCCCAACAUGCCUGCAAUGAAUGAUCUCUACAAUCGUCUCAGCGAUCUCUUUUCCCGCUCUGGCCAACCUAGUCCCAAGGCCUCGAAAGGAAAUGGGCAGCCCAGCCCUUCUCCCGCUACCGAGACA